GGAGGCAGGUUCCUGGAGCCUACACGCUUUUAACCUUAAAACGUCCAGCACCCCGGAGGCAUGUGCCGGGCUACACACGCAGCAUAGACACAAGACGUGAGGAGACGAACUGUUUAGUGCACGUGUCCGCGAGCCGUCCCCAAGCGCAGGCCCCAGCCGCUCGCCCGUCCCUCGGCGCAGCGCGGGCGGGGGCGGGCCGCGCGCCCGAGGACGUCCGGGGAGCGCGCGCGCCGCCGCCGAGCCGGGCCCGAGUUGCUGGCGGUGGGGUCUGAGCGUGAUGGCUCUGACUGGAGGGCUGGGGGCGGCGUGCGCUGCUGUUCCUGCUGUCGCUGCCGAGGCCUCCGUCCGCUCCCGGUCUUGAGAGGAGACAAAGCCUUGAAGCAAAGAAAUCUAGAUUAGAGAAAAAGUAUCUAAGGGCCAUGCAAGCCAACCGUAACCAACUACACAGUCCUCCAGGAACUGCAAGUGGUGAGGAUGCCUCAGCCUCCCAGUGUACCCAUACAAGACUGACAGGAGAAGGUUCUUGUCUUCAUUCUGGAGAUGUUCAUAUCCAGAUUAACCCCAUACCUAAAGAAUAUGCUGAAAAUCCAAGCUCCAGAAAUAUAAGGUCAAGUGUCCAUAGCUGUACCCAUGGGUGUGCACAUAGUCGUUUCCGGAGUCACUCCCACAGUGAAGCAAGGCAGCCUGAGGAGACUACCACAGAGUCUGGGGAACAUGGAAGUAGCUCCUUCUCAGAAUUCCGCUAUCUUUUCAAAUGGCUGCAGAAAAGUCUUCCAUAUAUUUUGAUUCUGGGUGUCAAACUUGUUAUGCAGCAUAUAACAGGCAUUUCUCUUGGAAUUGGGCUGCUAACAACUUUUAUGUAUGCAAACAAAAGCAUUGUAAAUCAGGUUUUUCUAAGAGAAAGAUCGUCAAAGAUUCAAUGUGCUUGGUUAUUGGUAUUCUUAGCAGGAUCAUCUGUUCUUUUGUAUUAUACCUUUCAUUCUCAGUCACUUUAUUACAGCUUAAUUUUCUUAAAUCCUACACUGGAUCACUUGAGCUUCUGGGAAGUACUUUGGAUUGUUGGAAUUACAGACUUCGUUCUGAAAUUCCUCUUCAUGGGCUUAAAAUGCCUUGUUUUAUUGGUGCCUCCUUUCAUCAUGCCUUUUAAAUCAAAGGGUUACUGGUAUAUGCUUUUAGAAGAACUGUGUCAGUAUUACCGAACUUUUGUUCCCAUACCAGUUUGGUUUCGUUACCUUAUAAGCUAUGGGGAGUUCGGUAAUGCAACUAGAUGGAGUCUUGGGAUAUUGCUGGCUUUACUCUACCUCAUACUAAAACUUUUGGACUUCUUUGGACAUCUGAAAACUUUCAGGCAGGUUUUACGAAUAUUUUUUACACGACCAAGUUACGGCGUGGCUGCCAGCAAGAGACAGUGUUCAGAUGUGGAUGAUAUUUGUUCAAUAUGUCAAGCUGAAUUUCAGAAGCCAAUUCUUCUUAUCUGUCAGCAUAUAUUUUGUGAAGAGUGCAUUACCUUAUGGUUCAACAGAGAGAAAACAUGUCCACUUUGCAGAACUGUGAUUUCAGAUCGUGUAAACAAAUGGAAUGAUGGAGCCACUUCAUCACACCUUCAAAUAUAUUAAGUUGUACAAACUAUUAAGGCUACAAACACUAAUUUCCUUUGGUUACAGGUGACUAUGGAUAAAGGCAUUUGAAUGGAUUUUCAGGGCUGGAAGAAAAAUGUUUCCAAGUGGAUUUAAUUUACAUGUGUAGUCCAGUUUACAAGAUCAAAUGAAAAAACCCUGUGUUUUAAAAAGUAUAUAAUAUUCAACCUAAGGAAUAUACAACAUUUGUUCUAUCAUAAUUAUCUGGCAGAUAAUUGCAGUGUUAAAUUAUAAAUGUGUUCUCUUGUUGAUGUUACCAAAACAGAAAUUAAAAACUACAACUAGUAGUUUUAAAGGAGUGCAGGUGGGCUGCAGAUAUGGUCCAACACACGUAAGGUCCUGGAUUCAUUCCCUACCCCAAAUGGAAAAAAAAAAAAAAAAAAGAAUUCAGGUAUUCUUUCAUGACAUUAAAGGAUAUUUUUCACAAUA